CUGUUCAGCUUCCUUUUAGCAUAUACUUAGCUGCUGUCGCUUAGUUCCUCCUCAUCCUAUGCCUUUUGACAGUUACAUAUGAAACCGUCAAAUGCAGUAUUUAACAAUAGAGUGAAAUAGCAACGCAAGAUAAACCGGAAUAACUGCAGAGGUGUGGUCGAGAACUGCAGUUUUAUGAAGAACAAUGGGGAAGAGGAGGAUGCCAGAUCUGUAUAGAGCCCCUUUUCCUUUAUACUCCAUUAAAGUGGAUCCUAAUACAGGACUAGUGAUCACAGCAGGCGGAGGGGGGGCCUCCAAGACAGGCAUAAAGAACGCUGUGCAUUUCCUGGAUCUGCAGCUGGUUGGAGAACACCAGUACAGCGCCAGUCUCCUUCACGCUCAUGAUACUGACACACGUGCUACUAUGAACAUGGCUGUAGGUAAUGGUGUGAUUGCUGCAGGACAGGACGGGACCUGCUGUUUGAUGAAGUUUAAACACUGCACACAGAGAGGAGGCAAAAUUAUUCAUAAAGAUGCAGACAACAGUGCACAGCAGGGUAGUGCCAGGCGACGAGCAGGGAAAGGAGACAAAGUUGGACAGGAUGGAGCUGCAGCAUCUGGAGACAUGUCAGAUAUGAAGGAUGAGACAGCUCAUAUCUUAGUGACUGGUUUGGCUGAAGUGCAGUCCGACCUGAACCCUCGGGACCCACUCCAGAAAGUGGUCAGAUUCAGUCCUGACCUAAAACUUCUGCUUACAGGAGCUACUGAUGGACACAUUCGCGUUUGGGAGUUUCCUUCCCUGAAGAAGAAAUUUGACUUCAAAGCACAUGAAGGGGAGAUUGAAGACUUGGAUAUGAGUCCAGGGAACAAGCACCUGGUGACUGUUGGCCGAGAUUUUGCGUGCAGUGUAUGGAGUGGCAACCAGCUGGCAAUGGGUCUAAACUGGCAUGAAACCAUGCCUCAACUAGCUGAGAAAACUUAUCGAUAUAUGGCUUGCAGGUUUGGUAGAGUGGAAGACCAAAAAGAUGCCCUGAGGCUUUAUACAGUGCAGAUUCCCCAUAAAAGAGACCGAAAACCUCCUCCUUGUUACCUCACCAAGUGGGAUGGCAAGAGCUUGCUGCCCAUGCUGACAGCUUCCUGUGGCACUGAGGUGAUCUCCAGUCUCGCUGUUAGUGACUCUGGAACAUUUCUUGGCCUUGGCACUGUGACAGGAUCAGUAUCAAUCUACAUUGCUUUCUCUCUGCAGAAGUUGUACUAUGUACAGGAGUCCCAUGGCAUUGUUGUGACAGAUCUUGCCUUCCUACCUGACUCUCUGAAGUACAAAAACAUCAAGGGGAAUAACGAAACAGCCAUGUUGAGUGUAGCUGUGGACAGCCGUUGUCAAGUGCAUACUCUCGCCAACCGAAGAUACUUCCCGAUCUGGCUGGUGGUGUUCUUCUGUGGACUCAUGGUGGUGGGAGUCAUCCUUCUUCUACAGUACCUCUUUCCAGGAUUUAUUUAAAUCAUACACAUGCUGUCACAGGUCAAAUAUUAUGGGGUCUGGACACAUUUUUACAUCUGUCAGGAUUAGCAGUCAUCCAGAUUGCUAGGACAAAGUCUGGGACUGCUAUUUGCUUUGAUCUGUAUUGACUUUUCUUAAUCUUUGUUCAGUCUGGAGUUGAAGGGCUUGUGGUCAUGAAUGUUUAAAGGCUGAGGCCUUUUUACUGACAUAUCUAAAGAGCAAUGUAAUAAUCUAGAAAUGAAUGACUUACAUAAAUGAUUGAUGUUUAUUAUAGCCAUUGUCUCUGAAUAUCUGCUUUGUCUUUUUCCUUUUCAUCCACUAAUCUGCAGCAGCAACUAGUUUACAGUCCUCUGUUUGGGGACUCCUAGUAACGAUAUGUUUAAACAUCUGUUUUUGGAUGUUUGAAUUCAAACCGACUGUAAUUACCUUUACUGUGCCAUUAUUCAAGGUUGGGGAAAAUGAUUUGAUAUUAGAAGAAAACAGAUUUGGAAAAUGUGAGUGAAGAUGCUUUAAGCAUAUAAGAAGCAGUGGGUCUGUGUAAACCUAAUGAAAAUGUCGUUUUACUGUGGCAAAAGCUGGAUUUUCCUUUUUUAAUGAAUGUGUUACCUUUAAUUUAUAUAUUCUGACUGCAAUUACAUUGCUCGACAAAUGUAUGAAAAUGUGAUUGGUUUUUAAAAAAUGACCCCCAUAUUAUUGUAACUUCGUGAUGUGAUAGAAAAAAAUAAAAAAGUAUUUAGAAAUAAAAUAAUUGAAAGAUACCUUAAAAAA